AUGGGUGACUGGAGCUUUCUGGGUAAUAUUUUAGAGGAAGUUAACGAGCACUCUACGGUGAUCGGCCGAGUGUGGCUCACAGUGCUCUUCAUCUUCCGUAUUCUCAUCCUGGGCACGGCGGCGGAGUUCGUUUGGGGCGAUGAGCAGUCUGACUAUGUCUGCAACACACAGCAGCCUGGAUGUGAGAACGUGUGCUACGACGAGGCCUUCCCCAUCUCCCACAUCCGCCUGUGGGUGCUGCAGAUCAUCUUUGUGUCCACACCUUCUCUAGUGUACGUGGGUCACGCUGUGCACCAUGUCCACAUGGAGGAGAAACGUAAAGAGCGUGAGGAGGCAGAACUUAGCCGGCAGCAGGAGCUGAGUGAGGAGCGACUCCCUCUGGCACCUGACCAGGGAAGCGUCCGCACCACUAAGGAGACCAGCACAAAAGGUAGCAAGAAGUUCCGACUGGAGGGCACCCUGCUGAGGACCUACAUCUGCCACAUCAUCUUCAAGACACUCUUUGAAGUGGGUUUCGUGGUGGGCCAGUACUUCCUGUACGGCUUCCGCAUCCUGCCCCUGUACAAAUGCAGCCGCUGGCCCUGCCCCAACACGGUGGACUGCUUUGUGUCCCGACCCACAGAGAAGACCGUCUUCAUCAUCUUCAUGUUGGCUGUGGCCUGUGUCUCGCUCUUCCUCAACUUUGUGGAGAUCAGCCACCUGGGCCUGAAGAAAAUUCGCUUUGUCUUUCGUAAGCCGGCCCCAGCCCCAGCCCAAGGUGAGGGGUCGGCCCCCCUGCCGCCACAAGGGAAGAGCCUGCCCCCCCUAGCUGUGCCUUCGCUGCAGAGAGCGAAAGGUUACAGGCUGCUGGAGGAGGAGAAAGCUCCCCCCGUAACUCACCUCUACCCGCUGGCUGAGGUGGGCAUGGAGGCUGGCCGAGGGGCCCAAACCUUCCAGGCGUUGGAGGAGAAGGCGGAAGAGGUGCUGCCGAUGGAGGACAUCUCUAAGGUGUAUGACGAGACACUGCCCUCUUACGCCCAGACCACUGAGACAGCGGGGGUGACAUUACACGAGGAGGAGGAGGCAGAGGCAGAGGAGGUGCAGCCGGCAGUACAGCCGGCAGAGCAGCCGGCAGUGCAGCCGGCAGAGGUGGAGGCAGAGAGGGUGGAGGAGGCUGUGGAUGUGGAGGUAGAGGAGGCAGUGAACAGGGAGGGGGUAACUCCAGUGGAGGCAGGGAUGGAGGCCGCGGAUACGAUAGAAGACACCAGACCGCUGAGCCGACUGAGCAAAGCCAGCAGCAGGGCCAGUUAGGCACUGACUUUCAUUCAUUCAGACAGCGACAUACUGCAAAUGCUGCAUGUGGCUGCAAACGGUGUUGGUACAAUGGAAGCUUUUUCUAGAUAUUUGGGCAUCAACGGGAUAUUAUCUCUGAUAUGUUGGGUGUUCUGGAUUUUCUCACCAGCAGAGGGGAACACCAUCUUUGAGGUAGCUGGCAGCAGAGUGAUCCUGCCUUGUAACAAGACAAACGCCACGCUCCAACAGCUGACAUGGACAAUGAAUGGAUUUUUACUGAUCAGCUUCAAACCAAGGGAAGCUAUAUACAUCACUAAAGAAGCUGAAAGCCUGAAGAUGAAUAUAACUCUGUCAGAGACCCAACUGUACACACUGGUCAUAGACAGAGUCCAGAAGUCUCAUACAGGAAACUACACCUGUUACUCCACCACGUCCGAAGGAGUGCUGGAACAAAAGUGGGAGCUGAUAAUUACAGGACACGAGGAAAACUGGAAUAAGCUGAUUCCUGUGGCAGUUAUUGUUCCUUGUGUGUGUUGCUUGAUCUUUAUAAUUGCUUGGAUCAUUCUGCGAAGAAUCUACAAUCGGCAUGCAGAGAAUGGCAAUCAGUCUCACACUGCAGAAAUGGCGCAGUCAGAGGACAUUUAUGAGAACUGCCUUGAAAUUAAUGCUAGACAACAACAAAAUUAUCAGCAGCCUCAUCAUUACAAGACGAGAGCUUGCUGAUAUUAAGUGCUGAAAAGGAAAGGAAACUGAAGAAAGGAAAUGAGCACGCGAACUGCUAUAACAAAUGUGUGAGAAAAAAAAUGAAACCAUCUUUCUUGGACUACAAACACAUCACAAAAGAAAACCUGGCUAUUUUAUAUAAUGUACAAUUUUAAACUGCUUUCUCAAGACAUGUAUAAUAUGUAAUGAAGAGCAGAGUAAAUGCUUUAAGGAGCUAUUUGAAAGUUUGCUAUUGCUAAAUAGUCAGACUUAGCAUGAACAGCUGUUUACUCAACAGUUUUUCCAAGAGCUUCAGCCAUGGUGUUAACAACACAAGGGCAGACUAGACUCUUCCGGAAGUGGCAAGAAAGUCCAGUCAGACCAUGGCUAGCUAGUUAGCAUGCUAACUGCAGAAGAAGAAAAGUGAUAGAAAUAAAAGCAAAACAAGAGAGUUGCUUUCCAUUGCUGGAGACACAACUCUUAACGAGUAAAGGAAUUAAGUUUAAUGCUGAACUCAGAACGUUUCUUCUAGACUGGUAGUUAAACGGCUGUUAACGCUAACAUUGAUUAGCCUAUGUAGUAAUGGCAAAACUUACAAAUUGCUCCUUGAAAGCUGCAUUAAAUGUUUGUCUGAUCACUUAUGCCACCUUUAUAAAUAAGUUAUGAUAAAUGUGUCAUCAAACAGUUACCUAUUAAAACUUGAACUGAGA